AUUUAACUAGAAUAUAUAUAAGACGAUUUUUAAUCUAUGUUUUAUUUUGAAUCCAGAAAAUCAGAAAUAAAUUUAAUUUAUUAUUUUAUUUUUUCAAAAUUUUACUUUAGUAGUUAGGCAGUCGGGGUGGACGUGGAAGCAGAGAAAGAAGCGCGCCAAUAUCUCCCAUUCUUUGUUUUUGAGCUGCAAACUUCCCUAAACAUGUGACCGUUUACUGCCCUUUCAUUUCUCCUCCACUCUCUCUCUCUCUCUCUCUCUCUCUCUCUCUCUCUCUCUGAUCCAUCUGCAUCGUCUUCAUGGUUGCUUUGCAAGCCCAAUUUUGCCCAGAAGCUAGAAAAUUCAGUGCCCACAGCUUUGUUUUUCAUGGUGAUAUUAGACAUGGAUGAGUUAUCUUGAAAAUUUUCCCUUUUUCCCAUUCUGGGUCUUUUUUUUUUUUCUUUUUUUUUUUUUGGAUCAAGAAUCCAUUUUGAUAUCAAAGAAGUAGUUUUUUUCACAAUUUGAGAUUGUGGGUUGAAUUGGGUUUUCAUUUUUAAGCACUGAUAAAAAAAAAAAAAAAAAAAAAAGGGGUAUUUGGAAAUUUGAUGAGAGGCCAAAGUAGAAGAAGAAAGCAUAUGCAUCUAUGAAGACUGGGGCACGGAAGUCGCCGCCGCACCACCUGAUGCAGUUGCCGGUUGAGCUUGCUCCUUCUUAUUCCUCGGUGAAUUCCUUGAGAUAUUUUCAGAUGGAAUGGCAGAUCCUUCUAGCUUUGGGAAUCCUGAGCGUGACACCGAGCAAACUGCAGCCUUCAACACCAGCAUUUAAUCAGGGAUUACAUCUCUAUGAAGAUUUAUGACCUGUGGGUGCUUUGCCAAACUGUUUUCCCCUAAUACUCCCACCAUGUUUUUGAAGGCAAUCAUCGCUUUAAAAAAGGGUACUCAGUUAAUCAAGUAUAGCCGGAAAGGGAAGCCUAAGUUUUGUCCAUUCAGAAUUUCUACGGAUGAAACAACACUGAUCUGGUACUCCCAUGGAGAAGAACGGAAUCUGAAAUUAGCUUCUAUAUCAAAAAUUAUCCCUGGACAAAGAACUGCUGUGUUUAAAAGAUAUUUGCGCCCUGAAAAGGAUUAUCUCUCAUUUUCUCUUCUAUAUAAAAACGGUGAUCGAUCACUUGAUCUGAUAUGCAAGGACAAAGCUGAGGCAGAAAUAUGGUUUGCAGGGCUCAAGGCAUUAAUUUCUCCUGGAGGACGUGGUAGACGUACUAAGAGUGAUUUCUUUGAUGAUGGUAGUGACUUUGGUCAAGACGGUGGUCGCCUUAGUGCAUCCAUAGAAUACAGUCCAAGUAUUGCCCAUUCUAGGGUUUCUAUUGAUUGGAAUUUGGCAAGCUCAGAUGUGGCUUCAGCACGUUCAAAUAUGCAACUAAGAACAAAUGCUGGAGAUGGUUUUCGUAUUAGCGUUUCAAGCACUCCUAGCUGUUCAAGUGGAGCAUCUGGACCUGAUGACAUAGAAUCAUUAGGAGACGUUUAUAUGUGGGGAGAGGUUUGGUCUGAUGGGAUUUUACCAGAUGGGUCUGUGAGCUCAAUCCCUAUAAAAACUGAUGUGCUAACUCCAAAGCCCCUAGAAUCAAAUGUCGUUCUUGAUGUUCAUCAGAUUGCUUGUGGUGUACGUCAUGUUGCUCUUGUAACAAGGCAAGGUGAGGUUUUCACCUGGGGAGAGGAAUCUGGGGGGAGACUUGGUCAUGGGAUUGAUAAAGACUAUAGUCGCCCCAGCCUUGUUGAGUUCUUGGCAGUCAAUAAUGUAGAUUUUGUUGCAUGUGGCGAAUAUCAUACAUGUGCUGUAUCUACAUCUGGUGAUUUAUUUACCUGGGGUGAUGGCACCCAUAAUGCCGGACUUCUAGGCCAGGGCAAUGAAGUUAGUCAUUGGAUACCUAAAAGGGUUGCUGGUCCUUUAGAAGGACUUCAGGUUUUAUCGGUUUCAUGUGGAACUUGGCAUUCGGCAUUGGCAACUUCCAGUGGGAAACUGUUUACAUUUGGUGAUGGAACAUUUGGUGUUCUUGGCCAUGGAGAUCGAGAGAGCGUUCCAUAUCCAAAGGAGGUACAGUCAUUGUGUGGACUAAAGACUAUAAAGGUUUCUUGUGGAGUAUGGCAUACUGCAGCUAUCGUAGAGGUUAUGGGUCAGCCUGGUGCAAAUGUUUCCUCUAGAAAGUUGUUCACCUGGGGAGAUGGUGACAAAUAUCGUUUGGGACAUGGAAGCAAGGAUACUUACCUUCUUCCCACCUGUGUCUCUUCACUUAUUGACUACAACUUCCAGCAGCUCGCAUGUGGGCAUACUAUGACUGUCGCCCUCACGACAUCAGGUCAUGUCUUUACCAUGGGUGGUACAGCAUAUGGACAGCUAGGCAAUCCAAGCUCUGAUGGAAAGAUUCCUUGCUUGGUACAGGAUAAAUUGGUAGGUGAGUUUGUUGAAGAAAUAUCUUGUGGGGCAUAUCAUGUUGCAGUCCUCACAUCAAGAAGUGAAGUAUUCACUUGGGGGAGAGGUUCUAAUGGAAGAUUGGGACAUGGAGAUAUAGAAGAUCGAAAGACUCCAACUUUGGUCGAAGCACUGAGAGAUAGGCAUGUCAAAAAUAUAUCAUGCGGUUCGAAUUUCACCUCUAGUAUAUGCAUUCACAAAUGGGUCUCUGGAGCUGACCAAUCAGUCUGCUCAGGUUGUAGACAACAAUUUGGUUUCACCAGAAAGAGACAUAACUGUUAUAACUGUGGGCUGGUGCAUUGCCAUGCCUGUAGUUCCAAAAAAGCAUUGAAAGCUGCAUUGGCUCCUACACCAGGCAAACCACAUCGUGUCUGUGAUGCUUGCCAUGCAAAACUUAAAGCUGCUGAGGCUGGUAACAACAUUAAUAGGAAAGCUACAACUCCUCGCCCUUCAGUGGAUUCCAGGGAAUAUUCCAGCAGGGUAGACGUAAGGUCUUCAAGGGUUCUGUUAUCUCCAACUAUGGAACCGGUCAAGUACCUCGAGAUCAAGUCUGGAAGGCCAGGGAACAGAUAUGAUUACCCUUCAAUGGUCAGGGCUUCCCAAGUUCCAUCACUUUUACAACUAAAAGAUAUUGCAUUUCCUAGUUCACUCAGUGCUAUUCAAAAUGCUUUGAAACCUGUUAUGCCAACAUCGCCUCAGCCCCAGCCUCAGCCCCUAGUCAACUCGAGACCUUCUUCACCUUACUCAAGGAGACCUAGCCCUCCACGCUCUACCACUCCUGUAUUUUCUAGGGGCGUUAUUGACAGUCUCAGGAAGACGAAUGAUGUCUUAAACCAAGAAGUAUCGAAGCUGCAAAAUCAAAUUAGAAGUCUGAAGCAGAAGUGUGAUGGUCAAGAUCAGGAAAUACAAAAAUUAACAAAAGAGGCUAAAGAAUCAGCUUCAGUGGCUGCAGAACAAUUUUCAAAGUGGAGAGCGGCCAAGGAACUUUUGAAGUCCUUCACAGAACAGUUAAAGGAGAUGUCAGAGAAGGUUCCUCCAGAGGUUUCUGAGAGUGAAAUCUUUAAAUCCUUGCAUGCUCGAUCUGAAGAAUUUCUUAAAACCAGUUCUGCAGUAUCUAAAAUUUAUACUGACUGGCCAACGAGCUUAGACCAAAGAGUUGAAGACUGUAGUUCUGCACGAGUUUCUGACCUAUCUCAUGAUGGAGACCAUGGUUCUGCACGAGUUUCUAACCAAUCUCAUGAUGAAGGAUACAGUAGUAGAGCAUCUGCUUCUAACACAAAAGACAAUGAACCUCAACCAAGUUCAGAAAAUGGCUUCAAAUCACAUGAAUCUUCAACAAGAAAGUCUGAGGGUGGUAAAGAAGUUAUUGAACAAUUCGAACCUGGUGUUUACGUUACUCUUCUCCAACUUCGAGAUGGUACCAGGGUUUUCAGGCGUGUUAAAUUCAGUAAACGAAGGUUUAGUGAGCAACAGGCAGAGGAAUGGUGGAAUGGCAACAAAGAUAGGCUGCUUAGGAGAUACAAUCAACAUAAGACAAACACUGCUUCAACUGAAUCAUCCAAUGGACCAGCACCUGCAGCAGAGGAAAACAAUGAAGCAACCACUCCAGUUUCUGAAACUUAGUUUUUAAUGAUGUAGAAAGUAAUUGGUAAGUAGGGUUAACAAACUGCUUUACAAUGGCAGAUUAUGAUUCAACUAGGUUUAGGCAAAGUUUUUGUUCAGAACAAAUUAGAGAAAAGAACCUCCUUGUUCUAGAAGAAUGAUAAGGCAAAAAUUCUACUUCACAAUAAGGAAAAGGGAAAAAAAAAAAAAAAAAAAAAAAAAGGUAAAAAGUAAAAAGUGGGAGAAAUUUGACUGUGAAAAUUGUGUAAUUUAGAGCCGGAGUAUAAAUUUGAUUCUUUCAUUCAUUUUUAGUGUUGGUAAAAUUAAUCUCUUUUGUUCUGUAUUUUCUUUCUGGCAUGGAAUAGUUAACCAUCAUAGUUGUAUAAUAGAAGAACUUUCAUAGGAUGUUUACCCAUUUUUGUAAAGCCCUGUGAUAUUUCAAUGAAUAUAAUUCAUGGUCCAAAUUUCUCUUUAUUGUGGUCAUGUGAAUUUAACUUGUA